AUGAAAAAUUCACCAUCUUACAAAUACAACAAUAGUUUUUUUGAAUGGAAAAUUUCUAAAAGAAAUCAAUUAUUAAAAAGAGUAAAGGAAAAUUACGUUAGAAAUGAUAUACCGUGUGGAUUUGAAUGUUGUGGUACCAAAAUUUAUGAUGAUUUUGUGGUUUUUACCAUUUGUUCUAAAGAGAUUUUAGAAAAACAUAAAUCAUUAUUAAAGAGUGAUUUUAUAAGACCAAUUAUCUGUCAGUCUGAAUUUAAUAAACUUAAAAUGGGAGAACAAAAGCGUAUUAAAGAUUUAAUAGAUAAAAAAGCUUAUAUAUACUUUUAUGAUACUUUUUUUGAUGUGACUGUUAAUAAAGGAUUAAAAGGUGUCCUUGAGUUUUAUACAAGUCAUUUGCAAUCUAAAAAAUUUAUAAUUUUAAGUGAACAGAAUAUUAAAGACUACGCUAAGUAUUUUGAGGAUAAUAUUGUUAAAGAUCUUGUGGACGAUGUUUUUAUUAGGGAAGAAACAUCUUAUGAUGAUUACUAUACUAAUUUAGAAAUACUUUAUAGUACAGGUAAAAUUCUUAAAUCUACUUUAAUGGUAGAUACUUAUAAUUGGAGGAAUGGAACAAUUUUUUGUCAAAAUAAACGUGUAAGAAUUUUAGGUAGUAAAAAUAUGAAUAGAGCUAUCCAUGGAGAUGAUGUAUACGUAGAGAUUAUAGAGGAAGUAUGCGAAGACGAAAUAGAUGUAAACGUAGAAGAUACAAAUGAUUUUGUAACUAAAAAAAAUAAGUUAGAGAAUGAAACUAAUAAAAAUGUCUUAUUUGGCAAAGUAGUAGGGAUUGCCAAAAGGGAAAAAACGGAACUUAUAGGUACAAUUCUUAACUCUACUAUUUCAGGUGAUGGGUCACAAAAUGUUUUGGUAUUACCUAUUGACAAAAGAUAUCCACCAAUAAGAAUUCGGACUAGUCAACCCGAUGAACUUGUAAAUAGAAGAUUAUGGAUAGAAUUGGAGUUUUGGGAAAAGGAUAGUAAAUAUCCUACAGGACAUUAUUUUAAGAAGAUGAGCCAGAUAGGUGAUGUUAAUGGUGAAAUUGAAUGCAUUUUAUUGUCAAAUGGUGUGUCUUAUUUUAAUCAUAAAUGGAUAGAACUAAUUAAACCAACUAAUUAUUAUAAUGUUGAGACGAUAAAGGCACUAAAUAGUGAGCAUUCUGACUUUUUUAGUCUUAAAUCUAUGUUCCAAGAGAUUGAAUCUGGACAGAGAAUUGAUUUGCGUCAUUUAGAUGUCUUUAGCAUAGACCCACAAGGAUGUACUGAUGUAGAUGAUGCUUUACACAUAACAACCUUGGAAAAUGGCAAUUUUGAAAUUGGUGUGCACAUAGCAGAUGUCUCUCAUUAUGUUAAGCCAGGCUCUACUCUUGAUGAAAUAUCUUCUGACAGGGGAACUACAGUCUAUUUACCAAAUAAAAGAAUCGAUAUGUUACCAGAAUUUCUAAGUGCUGGUCUAUGUAGUCUAUUGGAAAAUCAGGAACGUGGUACAUUUUCUGUAAUUUGGGAAAUUGACAAAACGGGGCAAAUUCUCAGUACAAAAUUUACAAAAGCUUUAAUUAAAUCAAGAAAAGCGUUUUCUUAUGAAGAAGCUUUGAAACUUCUAAAUUCACCAAAUAGUGCAUAUUUGCAAGAAGAUAUUUCCAGAUUAUUUGAAAUUUCAAAAAUUUUAAGAGAAAAAAGACAAAAGAAUGGAGCUUUAGAUUUAAGCGCAAAUAAAAUUGAAGUAAGUAACAAUAAAAUAGAGACUAAGAAGCCAAUACUUACGAAUAACUUAAUUGAAGAAUUUAUGUUACUUGCCAAUAUAAGUGUGGCAGAAUUUAUUUAUAAAAAUUAUCCUGAAAAUGCAGUUUUGAGAAAACAUCCGCCUCCCUCUGAAUCACCAAUGCCUAUUGAUGUAAAUUUACAAGAUUCUUUUAAUAUAAAUGAAGUAAUCAAUUCUUUAGAUAGCAAUAAAAAAGAUGUUUUUAAGAAAAUAGUUACUCGCGCUAUGAACCAAGCAAUUUAUGUUUUAUCUUCCGAAGAUACAGAUUUCUGUCAUUAUGGUCUUGCUACACCUCUUUAUACACAUUUUACAUCGCCAAUAAGAAGAUAUGCAGAUAUUUUAGUUCACAGAACAUUAUAUUGUAUUUUAUGUAAAAAUAGUUUCUCUCCAACAGAUAAUAUAAACCAUACUAUUCAAUUACAAAAGAAUGAAGAGAUAAGUAAUGAAGAUAAUACUUGUUGUAGUAAUGGUAAGAGAUAUAAAGUUCCCAAUUUUUCAGAAGAGUUGUCUAAUAUAAAUGACACUCUUAUUAAUAAUCUCAAUAAAAGACAUAGUAAUGCAAGAAGAUGUUCAUGGGAUGUAACUAAUUUGUUUAUAUAUAAUGUAAUACGUGAAGUAGAACCUACUACAGACGCAUAUGUUACGGAUAUCAAAACAAAUGGUGUCUUAAUUUAUAUUCCUGAUUAUGGCCUUAAUGAAGCACUUUCUUUAGGAGAUAAAGAAUAUAAUGUUUUUGAUCGAAUAAAAGUCAAGCUUUUGAAAAAUGAUGAAAUGUUUUAUUAUAGAAGAAGGUUUGACAUUGAAAUUGUUUACAAAUAA